AUGACUGCAGCUGACCUACGAUUCUACACAGGGGUAUCGCCAGAGAUAUUUAACAAGCUCGCACUGUGCAUUCAGAGGACACCUUUGCGGCCUUCACAACUUCACACAGAAGACCAGCUGCUUCUAACACUGAUGCGCUUGAGGCUUGGCCUUCUUUACAGGGACCUAGCAUCGAGAUUUUGUAUUGCACCAUCCUCUGUGUGCAAUAUAUUCAAGAAUGUCCUCAAAUCACUUAAAGAGAUCAUGAAAUACGUCGUAAUCUGGCUCCCGAGAUCCCGUAUUCAGAGCACUAUGCCAAGUGUAUUCAUAGAAAAUGGUUUUCAAACCACUACAUGCAUAUUCGAUUGUACAGAGGUUGCACUUGAAAGGCCAACCAAACAAAAGCCACGAGCCCAAACCUACAGUUCAUACAAAGCUCAUAAUACUGUAAAGUUUCUUGUGGCAAUUGCGCCAAAUGGCCUUAUUAUGUACAUUUCUCGUGCAUUUGGUGGUCGUGCUUCGGAUAAAUUUAUUGUCAGACAGAGUGGCGUCCAGGAAUACCUUGUUCCUGGGGAUGUGAUAAUGGCCGACAGGGGCUUCACUCUGGACCCCUACUUGGAAGCACAGGGAAUCAAAUUGAACAUGCCAGCAUUCACCAAAG